AAUGAAGACAAUUAUUAUUCAGAUUCUACUGUUUUGUCUCUCUCUUCACUCUUCUGAUGCUACACUUUCCCCAUUUAUCUGUCCCGUUGAUGACCAACAAAGACCUAUAAAUGGUGUGUUUAAGGAUAGCAUUUUAUGUGAUACUUAUCAUCAUUGCAUAAAUGGAACUGCAUUUCUAAGGAAAUGUCCUCCUGGACAGCAUUUUAAAAUUAUAUUAUCAGACUGUAGCUUUUCUGCCUGUGUUGAUCCAGAAUUAUCAGAUUGUUCAGAGACUCUAAAGGCAUCACUACCUUCUCAAAAAAUACGUCAAUGUGAGACAGGUGAAAAAAAUUCGAAUAAUGGUGAACAAUGUUUUACUAGAGUAAGCGAAUGUAGUUCUAAUAGCAAUGAAACAGUUCCAAGUUUUCUUGAUUGUAGAAUUUACUAUCACUGUAGAAAUGGUGUUUCCUGGCCACAGCAAUGUCCUGAUGGCUAUUAUUAUUCACUAAAUGUUAAUACUAGAGAAUGUAAAGCUGAAAUGUGUGUACCAUUUGAGGUUGCCAGAUGUCCAUUGGCAGGUGGUUGGUCUGCAUGGUCACAAUGGGGUGACUGUGAACCAGAGUGUGGUGGUUUUGGAAUUGAAACAAGAAGAAGGGAAUGUAACAAUCCUCCUCCUCAGAAUGGAGGAGCUGAAUGUCCUGGUGUUCCGAUAGAAAUAAGAGAAUGCAAACCACCUGAUUGUUCAGGGUCUACAAGCCCAGCAUUUAUGCUUUCUUUACAGGAAAAUACAAAUGUAAAUAACGGAAAAAUUCCAUGGAGUUCUAUUGAUGUGAAUGAUGACAAUCUAUAUAAUAGCAAUAAAAAGGAAGUAGAGAUUAAAAAGCCUGGAAUGUAUUUUUUCUCUAUGACAGCAACAACUCUAACAAAUACUUGGAUGUCCCUAGAAAACACUGGAAUUAACAUAGGUCUGUCAAAAGAGAUACAUUUUAGUGACAGACUACUCACUGAAACUAUUACAAGAAGUGGUUUAUUUUCCUUAAGCAGCUUAUUUAAACCAAGAGUUGUACACCUUCUAAAUGAUUCGAAUUUGAUAGGUAGCAAUGAUGGAAAGGAUACGUCCUGGUUGGGUUUUAGAUAUGAAAGCAAUAGUUUUGUUAGUGCUGCUCUUGGUGUAAAACAGAAUUCUCCAGGUUUUUUAUCUCUAAAUACCAUAUUUUUAAAUAGAGGUUUCACUAUUUCAAACAAUAACAAGAUUUUUACAUCUAGAGAAGCUGGUCUAUAUUAUAUUAAUUUUGGAAGUGGAAUUGAGGAAGGUAAUAGUGAACACAACAUCAUUCUUUCUGUUGCACGCUAUAUGGCAUCUUACACAAGAAUAUAUUCUAAACCUCCUGGCAUUGUAAAUCGGCAAUCAGCAUAUCCUUCAUCCAGAGGAUUUCUACAAGACUUACAUGAAAAUACUGUUUUACAAUUGUCAGCAAGUAAUCACGUGACAAGCUCUAAAUUGGAGACAUAUCUUCUUGCAUUUAAAAUAAAUAGCUCUUUUCCAGCUGUAUUUCUAGUUAAAAGUCAUCAGGGACAGAGUCAAUGUCGACCAAUAUUUGGAAUACAAGGAUUACAGUUUGAAAAUGUACUGGUGGAUACGUUGAAUUCAUGGAAUACUACAGGAUAUUUUACAGCCCCCAUAGACGCAGCCUAUUUUGUAGAAGUUAACUUGGUAGCUAUAAGAACAACAGAACUUAUUGUUGAAGUAAAUGAUCAAGUAGCUUUCAAGUUGAAACAUGUAAUGAAACAUUCAGGUGAAGCGGAAUUAUCAACCAGAACAGCUUUAUUAAGGUUAAAGGAAGGAGAUAUUUGCAAAAUAAAGUAUAGAGGUUGUCUAGAACAUAUGACUAUGUCAAGUUCAUUCACUAUAUUUGCUAUUCAAAACUGA